AUGAUAGCGAAGAAAGUGUUAUCAUACCAACAGCAACAACAGCAAAAAGAAUUGAAUCUAAAUUCAUCAGAAAGUAGAAAUUUCUACAAUAGUUAUGAUCCAUGGACAUUAGAUGAUCCUGGUAAUCGUCAUGGUUAUCCACCGAUUCCAAUGGAUGUUGUACGCAAUAAUCCACGUGAUGAUGAUGGACAAUCAGAUUAUGAAGGUGAUUAUGAUGACGAUAAUGAUGAUAUCGAUAGUGAUGACGAACAGAGGCAGCCACCACAUGAUAAUCAAGGAGAUGGAACGGUAACAAAUACUUAUAACAAUGAUCAAAAUGCAAAUGCACAGAAAAUUAUUGAUGAAAUCGAUGGUGAUGUUGAUCGACAGGAACAUGAUGGCAAUGAUGAUGGCGAUUUCGAUAUACCAUGGAAUAAUGAUGAUACAACGGAAUUCGAUCAGGAUAAUUCGGCAUCAUUCAAUGUACCAAUGGUGGAAGCAUUGAAAGGCUGUAAAACGGUUUAUAAGGAAAUUUCAGCAUCAUUACCUGGACAAUCCAAUACGGAUGGCGGUGGAAUGGGUGAUGAUGAUUUUCGUAGACGACGUAAAAAACGUAGCAUCGAGGAUGGAAAAAUUAAAAAUGGAGCCAAACGAGGUUCGUACAUCAUGACACGUGAAUGUCAUUUCAUCGAUGGUGAUAAGAACAAACAAAAAAAUAAUCCAACAUCGAAAGGCAUUCAUCAUAAAGGAACCCGAACUGAUGAAUCGAGAUUUGUACCGAUCAAUGCUGAUUUACCCAGAUAUCGUAAUAAUGGAAUGAUGAUGAAAUCACCGGCACAUCAAUAUCAUAAUCUACCAUUUCCACAUCAUCAUCUUUAUUAUAAUCAUCAUGCACCAACAUCAUCAUCAUCAUCAGCAUCAGCAUUUAAUGGUGACGAAAAUGAUGGCAAUAUCAUGACAUCGAAUAGACGACGAAGGACACCAAAUUAUAUGGAUUCAAAUCGUGUUGAUCCUUUUUUCUCAUCGGAAAGACGACCAACCAUGAAUUCAUAUCCAGUUUCAAAUAAAUAUAACUAUCGUCAUACAUCGGCUGCUGAUGGUUCUAAUGUUCCAACAUCUAUUGGCAAAAAUGGUGGCGGCAAUGGUGGCAUUACUAAACGUUAUUCAACUAGAUUCAACUAUUUUCAUCAAAAACCAACGACAAAAAAAUCUAAUUUAGAUACAAUGAAUCAUGAUUAUAAUACUGUUCCUGAUCCAAAUGCUGCUCAAAUGGCUGAAUUUACUGGUCAAAAUGUUAAUGAUUUUAGAACUGAUGCACCAGAUGAUCCUGAUGACACGGACCCAGAAGAUUUAUUACUACAUAAUGAAGCAAGCCAUGAUUUCGCUGCAUCAUCAUCACCAUCGAAAUUACGUACACGAAAAGGACGACAUUUAUUAUUGGCCGAUGAUGGUUUCGGUGAUGGCUACGAUGAUGGAGGUGAUGAUCAUAGCGGUGGCGGAACCAAUGAUGAUGAUUAUUCGGACCAUGAUGAUCAUGGACAAGGCGAUAAUUCUGAUGGUGGUUCAGCCGAUUAUGAUGGUGAUGGUGGACAAGGCGAUGAUUAUUCGGGCGAUUAUGAAUAAUUAUGAUGGAGAUAAAUAGAUAAAUUUGGGCACAAAAGGAAAUAAAAGGUGAACAACAACAACAACAACAACAACAAAAAUCAACACGAGCGCACAUACAACAUUUAAACAACAAUCAACAAUGAUCAUCAAUAUUAUCAACCAUAUCCAUAUUCAUUCAUUCAUUCAUUCAUUCAUUCAUCCAUUCAUUAUAUGAUAAGCACUGAAAUUAAAUUGCAUCACAUCAAAAAACAAAACAAAAA